AUGGCGGGCAUGUGCCUACUGUGGACAGAAGAUGAUGUACGUCGACGCGGUAGUCAGCUACGAAUUCACACUGACGGUGUGCCAUACGAUGCAGAAUAUACAGACCAACCUGCCCUCCGCGAACACUGCAUUGCUGCCCUAAGGACCAUCCUGGUCGGCAAGCAGGUCUCCUUACCGACGCGACCAAGCUAUACUUUUAUACGAACUCUGCGACUGCUUGAAUCUUCGGCUGCGCAUCGCACUGUGUGGGCUUUGGUUGCGGAGAGGCUGCGUACGAUCUCGGUACAAGCAGAUACAUUGGAAGUAUUAUCAUAUACGCAAAAGCAUAGUACAACACCACAGAAACACUCACACAACGGCUUUCUACAGCCAGCUAUACAUAGUGGACCAUCUCACACUCACACGCACACACCCAGUGGUGUGAUACAGCAGGAGCCACAGUUUAGAAUAUCAUGUGGGCACCAUCACGAUAGCGUACCACACACAUCCACACACACUGAAUCAUUACAAUCAGAAGCACGUGGUGAACCGUCACACAAACAUGCACACAAGGACGCACAGCCGACUACACUCAGUGCGGAUAUACCGCCCCCGUCAAUGGCACAUGCGACUACCUCAGAGUUCACACCGUCACAGUCACCGUACCGGCCAGCAAGCCCUCAAGCUGUAUUGCCAGACAACGACAACGGCAGUGUGCCUGUGUACGCUGAUGUAGGUAAUGGGGAGCAAGAUCGCACAUGUACACGCAUAGACCCUACACCUCCCUUUCCGCGCAUACACAUACAGCAGCCGUGUUCGGUGAAAGGUGUAUCCACUGGUGGCGUGCUAGGCGAUGGGGUGCCCGCAGACGUACCACAACACACUGUGGAUAAACAGAUUAUCAAUCGGAACACAGCCACGUCUAGCGGAGAUGGCAGCAGUGUAGACGUCGAUGAUAUCAGGUAUGUCGUGGACUACGCAAGACAGACCGAAGGCGAUUAUUCAAGUAUCGGUGUAGCAGGUUCAAGUACCGUUGUAUUGAGUUCAGGUAUUGGUACAGAAUGUCCAAGUUCCACUUUAUCGGGUUCGAGGGCCGGUAUUUCAAGUUCGAGUUUUGGUCCAAGUACCGCUGUAGUAAGUCCAAAUACCGAUGUAGUAGGUUCAAGGAGCGGCAUAAUGGGUCCAGAUGCCGGUAUAGGCGAUCUGGACAUCACCGGUAUAGGAUAUGUGGGUGAUAGUACGUCAGCCACAAGUACGAGGCCGGGGGGUGGUGUGACAAUGGGGAUUACAAAAGAACAGGCCAUCGCUGAAGGAGCGCUGAGCUGUGAUUCCGGGAUGUCAGAUUAUUCUGAUCUGGAGGAGGACGCGUUCGAGAUUGCCGAUACUUCGGUGGCUACGUCUGAUGUACGGCUAAAGAAUACGACAAAUGUGACAGAUAGUAGUAUCAAUAGGAGUGAUGUGGGUGCACAUGCUGGAUUAGAUGGUGAAAUGAACGAAACUGGCGGCGUGAAAAUUCGUAGAUGUGGUGUAGAAUCCGACAAUGAGGUUGAUAAGGAGGAGGAGAUGUUCUGGAGUAACCUUGGAGAAGCUUGGGAUAGCGUUAUAAUCGACCAUAGCUUAUUAGAGGGGAUGGAUGCGGACUUCCAAUCGAGCCCCAAGAGGGAAGCUGAAAAGAUGUCGACACUCUUUGGAACAGAUCCGGCUAUUCACCACCGCCCCGGUCGUAGGCGGAAGUUCAGUCGUGCUACAAGGUUACUGUACGACUAA